AUGAGUGAGAAUAGGUAAUGACUAGUGACAUCUAGUGAGUGCAUCGAGCACGAGUAGGCUAUUGUUGUUGUUGUAGAAUUAUAUUUUUAUUAAAUGGUUUUAUUUUUGUGACUUGUCGAGAACUACAGUUCGGAGGCCACAUUCUCGACACGUGGCACCUCCGACGGGGUAGCUGAAACGCCGGCUAUAUUCGAAUACGAGUGAACAGAUUUUAACGACACGCGGUUAUCGGCGAUAAUAUGGAGAAAAAGCUAGAGACAAUGUUUUGAAGCAGUUGAAGCUUGGCGUAGAACGAACAGAAAAUAUAUUGGACUCAGGUAAGCCUGAUAGUAUUAAGCGGAAUCUCAAUGCGCUACGUGAAACGAUUCGUGAAACGAACGAACAUAAACGUGCUGUUGACGCAGAAAAAAUUGAGGCCGACGAAAGCAUUGAAAAAAUUAACGAAUGGAAUCUUGGGAUUGAAGUCAAAAUUGAACAGGGAGAUGGAGAAAUAAAACGUUUAGAACAAUGGCUUUUCGAAAAGGAACAGUCUGAAAAACACGUAGCGCAAGAGAAGCAGUUUAAAAUAGAAUUAAAAUUGCAUGAAAAACGUCUAAAGAUGAAAGCCGAACUGAAACUGACACAAACAAAACCGGAAUUACAGGAAUGUUCUGACUUUAAAACUGCCAAAUCACCCAAACUAGUUAUAUCCACGUUUGAUGGUCCGUUGAUGGAUUGGCCUAGGUUAAUUCUGGGGACAGUUCAACAAAGCUAUUAGAGAGGUUAAGAUACCCCGGUUUCGGUGUACGGGUACGGGUAGCAUGAUUUUGGUUAGCAAUAUUUUCGCCGAUGUCUGUACUUUUACUCGUAAUUAAGGUGCACAUUUUCCCCAUUAUAUCAUUGUCUUGUUGCAAGAAAACAGAAAAAGUAUGAUUGAAUUAAUUACAGACAUCAGUAAAAACUAGUAAACAAGAUGACACUACUCGUACCCGUACACCGAAACCGGGGUAUCUUAAACUCACUAUUGAAAAAAGUUCGAUUGCCACUAUUACCAAGUUUACGUACUUGCGAGAGCUACUCAGUCCUAAGGUUAAACGUUGUGUGGAAACCUUGCCAUUUACAUCAGAAGGUUAUAACCGAGCCAAGUCAAUUCUCCUUGAUAAGUUUGGGAAAGAAUCGGAGAUUGUCAAUAGCUACGUGAGGAAAAUAUUAGAGUUGCCUUACAUAACCAGCGCAAACCCACGUAAAGUAGCAGAGUUCAACGAGAAACUGUCCUAUUGUGUCCAAGCGCUUGACACUAUGAAAAAAUUGACUUGAGCAAGUGAGAGGAAAUGUCGCGAAGACACUGGCCAAAUUAGUUGCAAUUAGGGGGGAUUUGGUCCGUAGCGAUCCCGAUUGGGAGUCCUGGGACUUCGCUAAGCUAAGCGAAGCUGUACGUUAAUGGGUUAAGCGAAACCCAGCUGUUUCAAACGAGAAAGAGCGCGACGAACGUAAGAGUAUUUUUCGUGCGCGCGAGGAUGAAGCGAGAGUACGAGGCUGUGUUUAUUGCGAGGACACUGGUCAUAAGGCGACGCAGUGCGACAAAAUAACGGACACGAGCGAACGGAAGAAAAUCCUGACUAAAAAAGGUAUGUGUUUUAACUGCGCUACAAGAAAGCAUCGCGCAGCGGAAUGGUCUAGCAAAGCGUCAUGUCAAAAUUGUAAAAAAGUCAUCACUCAUCAAUUUGCGAACAACCACGUCAACCAUCAGGAAACGAGGAGAAAUUGAUGACAGACGAUGGAACUGGAGAAGGAAUAUUCCAUGUAGUCGUAGUAAAGGUAAGUUAUGUGUCGCGCACUAAUUGACUUUGGCGCCGAGAGAUCAUAUGCGUCUGCAAAUCUUGUAACGAUGAUUGACAAAAAACCCGAGAGAGACGAAGUUACAAAGUUUUGAUAUGCUAAUGGGAUCAAAGACGGCACGUCUGGAAUAUUACGACACAGAAAUUAGCGCUCUAGACGGAAGCUACAAAAUGAAUGUGAAACUAGCUAAAGUGGAAAAAACCAGAACUCCUCAAUAUAAUUAAUCCUGGGUACGAGGAGUUAAGACGCAAGUACAGUCACUUUCAAGGUGCUGUUAUCGAUGAUCCUGAUACGAAAGAGAAGCUACCCAUUCACCUAGUGUUAGGAAACGGCGAAUACGCGAGAAUUAAAACGAGCACAAAACCUCUUAUCGGCGGCGACUGGAAUCGAUUUUGACCGUAAUACGAUGCUCUUGACUCAACCAGCGCACUCGGACUUUGAACGCCUAUGCAUGGCUGAUACGAUGGAAAGCGACCAGAACGUAGUAUACGAAGACUUCAAAGAACAGCUAACGAGAGAUCCUGAAGGUUGGUAUGAAACCAAUCUUCCAUGGAAAGCCAACCAUCCCAGUCUACCUACGAAUGAAGCAGACAGUAAACGACGACUGACGUCUGUAGUAAAGAAAAUAACUCGUGAGGGGAACUACGAACGAUAUGAUGAUAUUACACGAGAGCAACUUGACCAAGGGGCAUCAUAGAACGAGCUCCAAUCGAAGCGAGUAGCAAAGAACAUUAUCUAUACCACAUAAAGAUGUCGUCAAACAGUCGGCAGAAACCACGAAACUACGUAUAGUUUUCGACGCCUCAGUGAAGGAAUCAAGUGAACAACCGUCAUUGAACGAGUGUCUUCACCCUGGCCCACCACUCCAAAAUCAACUGUGGAAUAUACUCGUCCGAGCACGAUUUUAUCCCAUCGAGAAAGCGUUUCUACAGAUUCUCAUUAGAGAACAAGAAAGAGAUUCCUUACGGUUUUUCUGGUAGAGUCCAGGAAGCGAAGAGACGACUGUGUAUCAUAUCGGUUUACUCGAGCCUUGUUUGGAAUGACGUGUUCACCAUUUCUCCUCGGUAGAGUUAUCAACGAACAGUUAAAACGAUGGGAGACCAAAUAUCCAAACCUGGUUAAAGAAAUUCGAGACGGAUUAUAUGUUGACGACCUGAUGACGGGGGGAAUCGGUAGAAACUGUGACAACGAAACGUGAAAAGGCUAUCGAAGUGUUCGAACAUGGGUCAUUCAAAUUGCACAAAUGGAAUUUGAAUGUUAUGAGUCUUGAAGAAAACCUACAAAAACCUACGAAAAAGUAUCUUUCGGAAAAGCUCAACUCGGUACGACCAAGAGACAAACGAAGUUGCUCGGUCGAACGUGGGACAAAACGAAAGACACACUUAGUGUUGAGACAAAUCAGAAGCCAGUAACAACCAAACGAGAGGCGUUAUCGGAACUAGCGAAGGUUUAUGACCCUUUAGGUUUGGUUUCUCCAACAACUUUAGCCGCGAAACAACUUUACAGAGACAUGUGCAAAGCCAAACUUCCAUGGGACUGGGCGUUAACGGAGCAAAUCAGGAGACGAUGGGAAGAGUGGCAACUUGCAGUAUCGAUGGCGUUUACAGUACCGCGCAGUUUAGCACCGUUUUUCCAACCUGUAACAGCAGUCACCCUUCACGCGUUCGGUGAUGCCAGCAAACUCUGUGUGCCUAAUAUUGAGAUUAUCUAA